ACACCAUCAUCGAUCUCAUGUAUAUCAUCAUCGUUAAUGACUCCCUGAGCUCCCGUUGCGUUAGACACCGUGUCACUACCGAACAUCUGCAACUUUCAUGUGUGUGACUUUAAGAAAAUGACGGCACGUGAGCGUUUCCUUCGAGGGGAGAAGGAAAAAAGCUGAGAGAAAAAAGUUUGCUGAGUGCUGUCAGUGAUGCCCUCACGCUUUCCUGCGAUAGAACGGGAGGCCCUGAGACUUUCGAAGAGGAAGCGAGAAAGACCGACCCAGACAGACGUUCAGUUCAGCAAUGCCAAACUUGGACUCGGCCCAGAUUUCUGAUUAUUUGCACAGCAGUUCCUCAUCUCGCUCACUUUGGCGCGGCUUGUUUACAUUGAAACCGACCCAGAAAAGAUGGCUCAGCUUGCACUCCGCCACCAGACCUCCUUAUGACCGAGGUUGUGACAGCUUGAAAGUGAGGAGACCACUCAAAGACAAAGUCAAACUUCGGUUUACUUAGCAUUCGCAAGUGUGAUCCUGUCAGGCCGUGCUGUGGAGAUAUGUCACCUCUGUGGAACUUCCAUGCGAGGUCUUUGAAGUCUGUAGAUGGAGGUGGUUGUGGGGGGGAUAGGGUGUUCUUCUGUUGACGGGAGAAGCCAACCAGCUGUUAGAUGGCUUUUAUUUCACGGCAUUGUGGAGGUUCACACUUCCGCCAGUCGAGUUCAUUCUCAAAGGUGACAUUUUUGGGCGUGUUUCACUAAUGAGAAUCAGAUUAGCAGCUUGUAAUAACACGUGAAGUAAAUCGCCCCCACAGAAAGUUAAGGUGAGUAUGAAUAAACCAAACACGUAUGACAUUCAAAGCGAUAUCAUGCAUCUAAACACGAAAUUUACUUUUGUUGUAAUAUUAGUAUUACAACAAAAAUAAUAUUUUUAUCCUCCACCGAUAUGAGUGAAGUCUUGCGUAAGUGAACAUCGCCUUAUACAUUUUCCAAGAAUACUGUUUAUUUUUAAAUUAAAUAUUUAUAUUUUGGUGAAAAAUACUUAGUUUACUUUUACAGGUUUGUGAAAUGUAAAACUGACAUUAUUAACCUGAUGAAUUUAACUUAACAGUGAAUAUCUCCCCAGAAUGACUCCACACAUGGUCGCUAUUAUGAUUCUCACUUGCGUGGUGUCCCAAAUGAUGCUGUUGGAACGUAAUGAAAGGUCUUUAAUAAUGAUAAUCAUUCAUAAAAUGACAACUGCCGCUGAUCUCAUGCUGGAAAAACCUGAGCUCAUCUCCAGGACAAUGAAGGAGAUGCAUGUUGUAACAUCCCUCUUAAAAAGUUCGCUGCAGAUGAGAAGGUCUUAGGGAUGACAAUAUGCAAUGACUGAGGCAGUUAGCAUUUACGACACAGAACAACCUGAUCUGACAUCUGCGUCGAGUACUUGAUGUGUGAGCAGUGUGUCGCAGGUGUGUUUUGCUCUGUGGCAUGUCAUUUUAUUCGUUUGAAAAUGUUGAAUGUAAACCAAAUCAAAAUUUGGUUAAAAAUAUACACAAAUCAGCUACUUAUUUUACCUUGAUUAUUAACGUUAUGGUUAUAAUAACGAUUUAUUACAUGGGCCGUUUGUUAGGAUUUCGUAAGUUAAAGACAUGUAAAAUAACCUGCAGUUUUAUGUUUCGAACAGAGGUGGUGACAGAGAGGCAAAAUAUACAAUUCACAGCUAAACACCGGCCAUCUUAACGGUUAUGUUUUACACUAUUAAAUAUUUCUAACAUUUUUUAAGGAUUAACUAAAGAAUGCGAGUGACGCUUUCACUACGCUUUUUACACUUUUGCAAACCCACCAAAAGACCAUUCACUGGCAAAACAGCUCCACUGCAAUACAUAUGCGAUUAUAUGUUAAAAUAGAAAAAUCGGUUUAGUAAAAUUCAUGGCUGCAUUUAAAGGGAUACUUCACCCAAAAAUGCCAAUUCUGUCAUCAUUUACUCACCUUCGACGUGUUCCAAAUCUUUAUAAAUGUCUUUGAUCUGAUGAACUGUAAAAGAUCCUUAUACCAAAAAACGAACUGUACCAUGCUAACCGUCAAAAUCCUGUUUUUCGUGAGUUUUCUAUCUUUGUAACUCUAAAUCUAAAGAAGAUAUAACUGUAUUCCGUUAACAGAAAACAGCUUCUUGAGGGGACACUAUCAAGAUGGCCGUUGAGUGACCUGACGUUUGAACUAUUGUUCCUUAGCCCUUCUCACUGUGUGGUAAAUAGUUUUCUAUUCUCUGCGAGGACUUCAAUGAGACAUUAUUUGUUGUUCGAUAGAAUUACAACCAUUCCUUGUAAAUGAGAAGCAGGGGGGCUUCUAAACAUUUGCUGAGUGAAAACUACAUUCAGAUGUUUGACCCCCAGAACGUUUAUAAUGCCUGGACAGCGAACAUGACGCAACUGGAUUUGAGGUAACGUUUACUUGUUAAUUGCUCCCAUAAACGGAUAUGCGGAGAUGUCCUUCAGGCUGAGAAGACUCAGGAAGCUCAAAAGAACAGGAUAUUUUGUUCAAAUACCUCGCAUGACACAUUAAACUAUACAACAAACACAUAACUGAACAAGAGAAGGAGAGUUCAUAUAAGCCAACUUUUAAUGUUCGAUUAAGUUUAUAGGUAAUUCAGGUACUUUCUGUAGUUGCUAGGCAUUUGGAGGCGUAUUCUGGGAGAUUGUUAGGGCAUCCUUAGUUGACCAAUAUGGGUGUUAUGACUGGUUGGUAGGCUGUCUAGUUGGUCAGAACAAAAAUGGUGACAUAGAAAAGAUCAAAGAAAACGUUUGAUGGCCUGUUGCUAUACAUAAUCUAAUCUGGACAUGAUGUAUCAGUAAUAUAGGUUUUUUUUAAGAAGUGAAACAGACAUUUUGUGAUUAUCAUAUCUCAUUUAUUUCUGUUUUUCCGAUAGGAUUUCUUGAAUAACAUCGUGGAACACUGGUAUAAGAACUUCAAUCCCUGCUUUACUUCAACACCUCCACAAGACAUCUGUGCUACGCCUCUGCAAGAGGAUAAGACAUGCGGUCACAUUCUGGGUGGACUGGAAUAACAUUUACUCAAGACACGCAGGUGUCCGGCAGGGGGCGUCAGUAUCUCCGGGCUCGAGUAAAGCACCUGACUCCGAUGGAGGACGGACUCGAUGAAGAUGCUGCUUAAACCUCUCACUUCUCCUGCUUUCUUCACAUAAAACUCUUCCUUUCUCCUGAUUUCUCUCAGUUUGGGGUCUGUUUGACGAAUGUGUGAUGCUUUAAAUGUUCGGGACAGAAUACAGGACACAGAUGGAUGUGGUGGAUGUGUGUUGAUAUAGACAUCGGAGGAGAUCGCGAGCAUUCCUUGAAAUAUUUCGCCUCAAGAAUCUUCUUGUUUUUAUUUUAGUUGUGAUUUAAAUCGAUCACGAUGCCGUAUGCUGUUUAUAUUGAACAGUGGGUUUAAACCGGAUUGGAUACCCGUGAAACAGGCCCCAGACCUAUUCUAGACCAUCUCCAUCACUGGAACAUGAACACGUAAUGACGUUUAUUUACAAUGAUAGAGGAUCUUGUAAACAGGUGGAUUUGGCAGGAGGACUUCUGGCUCCCUCCUGGCGUCACAUGGAAGGACAUCGCAGAAGGGACGGAGGGCGGCAGUCGUCACCCUGCGCCCCGCGACCUGAUCAUCUGUCUGCCUUUGGCCCUGAGCUUCAUCGCCCUGCGCAUUGGUUUUGAAAGGGCUGUAGCGCAGCCGCUUAGCCGGCUGUUGGGAGUCCGGGACAGGGUUCGGGUUGGAGUCGCGCCCAUCCCAACGCUAGAGGCUUUUUAUCAUAGGAAAAAGAGUCAGCCGUGUCAGAGUGAAAUCGCAGUCCUGGAGAAGCGGUGCGGGCUCACCCAGCGUCAGAUCCAGACGUGGCUUCACCAUCGCCGAAAGCAGGACAAACCCAGCAACACCAGGAAGUUUUGUGAAGCUUCGUGGAGGUUUGUCUUUUAUCUCGUUGUGUUCUCCGGUAGUCUUGUCUCUUUGGUUAACACUCCUUGGUUUUGGGAUCAGAAGGAAUGCUGGCGUGGAUACCCAAAACAGGCUGUCGCAGAAGCUCAGUACUGGUAUUAUGUGACAGAGCUCUCCUUCUACCUCUCACUUCUGCUCUGUGUAUCAGUGGACACCAAACGCAAAGACUUCAAAGAGCAGAUUGUUCAUCACGUCGCCACCAUUUUCCUCAUAGCGUUCUCGUACUGCGGAAACUUUGUGCGUGUGGGAACCCUGGUGAUGCUCGUACACGACUCCUCUGACUUCCUGCUGGAGUCUGCUAAGAUGUUCAAUUAUGCCGGUUGGAGAAAGACCUGCGAUGCCCUGUUUGUGAUUUUCGCGGCGGUGUUUCUCAUAACCCGUCUUGUGGUUUUCCCCUGCAGAGUGGUCUACACAACUGCGGUGGAUUGUUUGGACGUGUUUCCUCCUUUCCCGGGAUAUUAUUUCUUUAACUGCCUCCUGCUGGUCCUUCAAGCGCUGCACGUCUUCUGGGCUUGGCUGAUCCUUCGAAUGGUUUAUAAAUUUGUCUUUUUAGGCAAAGUGGAAAGAGAUGAACGCAGCGACGAAGAGAGUGAGGUGGAGGAAGUUGAUGGUAGAGAAGAGGAACACAGCUGGGAGAAAAACCAUGGGGCACUGAACUCGAAACUGGCUUCACUGGCCAAUAACUGCGUGUUGAACAAUUUAACUAAUCAGAGAGGAAGGAUGAAAACCAGAAAGACGAAAGCAAGAUAGUAAUAUUAGUUUGUUUUGUUUAAAGACUGUCUGUCAGAAACGAGGUCCCAAUUUGAUUAAAGAAGCGGCAGAUGUUUGGUCACUUUGAGCACAUACGAAAGCGCAUGAAUUAACAAAACACAUUCACAAGCAGAAUAUAUUUGAGUAUGAAAAUAAGUUGCUUCUUUGCGUAACCUGUUUUUUUUACCAUAGAGUGAAGAGUGGAUGCUGCUGACGACGUUUGAUAUUAAACGUUAAAUUUAAUUAACGAGGUUUGCAAUUAUAUGUGAUGCUGAAUUGUUUGCUUUAAGUUGUUUUGUUUAGCUAUUCGUUAUGGAAAGGUAAUGUGUACAUUUACAAAAUAUCGGUAUAAAAUUCACUUGUUUCGACGAACAUGCACUGAACAUUUAGUACAUACUUAAACCUUAGUUAAUACGUGUCUUUUAAAUUAUGACAUUUUUAAUGUACAUUGUGUGAAUUUUCUCCAACUGCAGUCAGAAUGUGCUUUUGUCUGUGUUUGAAGAGUCAAGCAGCUCCAUCUAGUGGAGGAGUGUCCACCUUUUCUUUUUUAUAGUUUUGAGUUUUGUGCAUUGCCUUACUUAACGACAGCGAUUAUUGAAGCAUGUGCCUCUUAAAUAUGAAAAUUUCAGGGCACCUAGAUUAUUAAACCACUACAGGGCUACAGGCCAAGUGUGCACUUGCGAAAAAUGUUCUAGAUGAGGCUGUAAAAUUAUGGGUGGACGUAAUUUGUGUGUUUUGAAUAUUGUCAAACUCUGUGGUCUAAAUUGUUUGUUUGCACAGUAACCCCAACCAAACCUUCUCUCUGAGGGCUUCUGGUCUGAAAAUAAUAUUUGGUUGUUUAUUUAUUUUGUUUUAUAAAAUAUUUUUUCAUACUGCGGCUAUGAUAUUGAUGACGUGUAACAAGAAAAUGUAUUUGUUGAGAUAUGAAGAGCUGCAUGAUUACUGUAACAACGUUGCAUAUUAACGACUCAAAUCCCUGAAACUGUUUCAGUGACUGUUUUAAUAAUAAACACGUAAAGCACA